CAUUGGUCUGUUUCACAUGUCUGCUGAGGUACCCAGUGUAGAUGUUUGAUAAUCUACUGAUAAAAAUACCACUUACCCGUCCUAGUUUGGCUAGUUGUAUUUGUUUUGUAUCUUUUAUUCGUUGUUGUUUUUUUUUUUGUUACUGUCUGGACUUUCUGUUAUAUUGUUGAAUUCUUUGCCCAAAACGAAGAACGGCUCAUCUAGCGAGCUAGCCUAAUACCGUGGUAACAGAGGCUAACAGGAGCUAGAUUCUAGCUUGUUUUACUCAAGAAUGGGAGAGGAAACAAAUGAUAAUACGGGCAGCGCUUCUUCUAACACCACCAUUGAUGAGAAAAACGGAGAAAGUGCUGAUGGGGGAGUAAAGUUUUACACGUUAGAGGACAUACGAGUUCAUAACAUGAGCAAUGACACAUGGCUAAUCAUCCAUAAUAAGAUAUACGACAUCACAAGUUUCCUAGAGGAGCAUCCAGGAGGUGAGGAGGUUCUGUUGGAGCAGGCAGGUUCAGAUGCCACAGAGAGCUUUGAGGAUGUGGGUCAUUCUACAGAUGCCAGGGAGAUGCUCCAGCAGUACUAUAUUGGAGAGCUUCACAUGGAUGACAGAAAGAAGGACAACACAAAGGAGGAAGAAGCUAAAACCUCCGGAGAAUUGAGCAGCUCCUGGGCCAUGUGGUUGAUACCCACUGUUGCUGCAGCUGUUCUUGGUGUCCUGUAUCGUUACUUUAUGUUUGAACACAAGUCAUCUUGAGAUCUUUGUCUCAUUCUUUUCAUCUGGAGGCCUUGAUGAUGAUUAUUAUUAUUAUUUCUUUUUUUUUUAUCAACCCGACUAGAAAGAAGGAUCCGUUUGAUGAAAUCUUUGUCCUUGUUUGGCUGUAUAGUAUGCAUGUAACAGAAAGUUAAAAGAAGAUUUAUUAAAAGGUCAGCCUUCUCUUUUUUUAUGUAAUUAUGAAAUUUUUCAAAAAUGAAAAAUGUGCUUUGACAUUUUUUCUCUUCAUCCACGUAAUUUGGCAUUAAAGCGAAAUAUUUUUAUGCACCUACACCGAAAUUAAACAGACAGCAUGGACACACGGAUUAGCGUGAUGGUGUGAGGAAGGGCAGUCUGACACCAAGCGGAUGAAAAGUAGACAUACAGUUAUUAUUCUGGAUAAUGAUGUAAACACGCUUUUAUUUCUAUUCUAGAUAAUAAUGUAAAAGAUGUUUCAUACAGUGAGAAAUGAAACCAAAUCUCAUUUUAAAUCAGGAGCUCCUGUCAUUCUUUCCUCAGUGAACAGUUGUGCUGUUUAAGCCAUGUCUGGAUGCAUCCGUCACUUUCUUGCAAAUACAAUCUGUCCAAAAUAUAUAUGAGGGGUUAAAUCUUUUUUCUAUUCCUUUUUUUUUUUUUUUGUCAUGGUGAAUUAUAUUAUGUGAUUAUUUAAGUUAAGAGGUUGUGCUUUCACUAGUCUCCUUAUAUAAAAUCAUGGAAUAAUAAUGUUUUAGUACCUUGGUAUAAUAAAUAGGAGUAAAUACCUGAGAAAUAACGUGUGUUAUUUGAGUUUAUUCAGCACUAUGCUGUUUAACUGAUGGGGUGUUAUUUCUUUAUCAUUAAAGUCCAUUUACUACACAAGGCGAGAGGUACAGAUUCUGUAGGGAUAGUUUACCAGAAAGUUUAGCCUGUUUUAUGUAUUGUUUGGAAACUUGGGAACUUGCUCUUAACAUUAGAACCAUAAAUGCGGGUCUUGCAUCCUACAGCAGAACCUCUGUAGGGAUUGUAGUACUUCUUGUCAGAUAAGUUUCAAAGAAGAACUUGUAACACUUUUGUUCCUUUUACUUGAAGAUGUCUAAUGGAAAUUUGUCAAAAGAUGCUUUUCUGUCAUUUCUGCACUCUUGUCAUUUCCAAACAUUCAAGCUCUGUUUGAACUGAAAAGCAGCUUGUUUAAUCAUUCACAUUUGUAAACAAACAUACAGUAUGUAUGUAGAACUGGUACAAUGUGAUUAAAGAAGUUUUCAAAAAAGGUGUUA